AUGGGCAAAAAGUCAAAGUCUUCAUCCAAGACGGAGGAGAAGACCAGCACGUCCGCUGCCACUCUUCCCUUCGGUGGUGCAUCUCUGGACCCAACACUGUCCUCGCUUUUUGCGCAGAGUGCUGGUCCUGUGCAAGCUCCCGUGAUCAAGUACGUCAAGCCCACACAACGGGCAAAAAAGGACGAAGAUGAUGUUGCUGAAGAAGAGGAAUCAUCUGCGUCAGGCGAUGAAGUAAUGGAAGAUGCUGCCGAAGAAAGCGAUUCUGAGGCCGCAGAGGAGGAAGAACAACCUACGGACACACAGAACCGGAAACGCAAGCGUGGCAGUGCCGGCGAGGAUGUUGAGGAGACAUAUAUGCGUCGCAUUGCAAAGGAGGAGGAGAAGGAUGAGGAAAAGAGGAAGUCCGAGCAAGCAAAGCGUCAGAAGCAGACCGAACAAGAAGGUAGCGAAGAUGAGGAAGGCGAGGACUCCGACAAAGCAUCGGUAUCAGAAGACACCGACGACGAGGAGGCCGCUCCUGCACCUGUGCACGAGAGCUUGACUGGUUCCGCCAAAACCGAUGAAGUUGAGAAGUCCAACCGCACUGUCUUCCUGGGCAACGUCUCCACAGAGGCUAUCAGAUCUAAGACCGCCAAGAAAACACUUCUCAGGCACCUGGCCUCUUUCUGUUCGACGCUUCCUGAAUCCACCGGCCCGCACAAGAUCGAGUCGAUUCGUUUCCGCUCUGUUGCAUUCGCCAGUGGCGGUGGCAUUCCCAAGCGUGCUUCCUUCGCGAAGCGCGAGAUUCUCGAUGAGACCACACCCAGCACCAACGCAUACGCUGUCUACACCACUCUCCACGCCGCACGCAAGGCCCCCGCCGCCUUGAAUGGCACUAUGGUCUUGGACCGUCAUUUGCGAGUUGAUAGCCUUGCUCACCCCUCAGAAAUUGAUCACAAGCGCUGUGUCUUUGUCGGCAACCUGUCUUUCAUUGACAGUGAGACCCCCGAAGAGGACGAGAAGACCGGCAAGAAGAAGAAGGUUCGCGCUCCCGCCGAUAUUGAGGAGGGUCUCUGGCGGAUUUUCAACGCCCACACUGGAGGCAAGGACAAGAAGGCCAUCAAGAAGAACGUUGAGUUUGUGCGCGUGAUCCGUGACAGCACCACUCGUGUUGGCAAAGGAUUUGCCUAUGUCCAAUUCUACGAUGGCAAUGGUGUUGAGGAAUCGCUUCCGCUCAAUGGAAAGAACUUCCCGCCUAUGCUCCCCCGCAAGCUGCGUGUCACUCGAGCCCGUAAAAUCGCUAAGAAGCGCGAACCCUCCGGCCCCGAGACCAAGAAGUCUCGUGUAGAUGAGGCCCAGAAAACGAUGCAAGGACGUGCCAACAGGCUAUUGGGCCGAGCGGGUGCGGCCAAGGUGAAGGCCGAUGCUAACAGUACCAUUGCCGGCAACUCCUUCGUGUUCGAGGGUCACCGCGCUACUGAGGGAUCAUCAUCCAUCAAAAUGAAGCAGAAGAGCCGUGGAUCGAAGGCCAAGCGAGAAAGCAGAAGCAGCAAGCGGGCUGCCGCAUACAAAGCUGCGGGUGGCAGAAGGGGCUGA